CUAAGAAGUCCAUUUUCUUGCCCACCAAGGCAAAGCGCCUCUCACAAUCUCCAUCGCGUAUCGUUUUCAUUCGUCAAUUCUCAACUCCCCGAUCAAAAAUCCACUCCCAAUCCAACGGAAUCAGAUCCUGCAAUCAAUCGACGCAUCAAUCUCUAUGCUAUGGCGCCGUCGCCGGCUCACUCCGAUCCCUCGCCGCCGAAUUCACAGGUAAUCCUACAAUUCCUCAGCUCCGUCCUCUCUCAGCGCGGCCCCUAUGCCGAAGAUACCAAGUGGCUGAUACGCCAGCACUUAGUCUCACUCACCACCGCCUUCCCGUCGUUGGUCCCUCGGACUGCAACUUUCACGCACAACGAUGGCCGCUCCGUCAAUCUUCUGCAAUCCGACGGCACCGUUCCCAUGUCCUUCCAAGGCGUGACCUACAAUAUUCCGGUCGUUAUUUGGCUCAUGGAGUCGUAUCCUCGACAUCCUCCUUGCGUUUACGUGAAUCCAACUCGAGAUAUGAUCAUUAAACGCCAUCAUCCUCAUGUGAAUCCCUCCGGUAUGGUAUCGAUUCCUUAUUUGCAAGAUUGGAUAUAUCCGAGCUCUAAUUUGGUUGAAUUGGUUCGUAAUUUGAGCGUUAUGUUUGGCCGUGAUCCUCCACUUUAUUCUCAACGGAGACCAAAUCCUAGCCCUAGCCAUAACCCUAAUCCUUCUCCGAGUCCUAGCUCUAGUUUUGGGCGUGAUAGUGCUAAUUCUUCGCUUGCUUCUAAUAUGGGGGCUGCCGCUUUCCAACGCCCUGUAAUUCCGCCGAGGGGUUAUCCACCGUCGCAUACUGAAGAUCCCAAUGAAGUUUUCAAACGAAACGCAAUUAACAAGCUUGUGGAAACAGUUCAUAAUGAUAUUGUUGGCAUAAGAAAGACUAUGGAGGCCGAGAUGGAAGGACUUUUCAGUGCACAGGGAGCGUUGAAACAGAGGGAGGAAGAGCUAAAUAAAGGCUUGAAAGAGAUGCAAGAUGAAAGGGAAGCUUUGGAGCAGAAAUUGCAGAUGGUUUUGAUGAAUUCUGAUGUUUUGGAAGCUUGGGUGAGGGAGAAUGAGGGGAUGAUUAGCAGUGAUUUCGAAGUAGAUGAUGCUUUUGAAUGUGUUGAUGUGCUUUCAAAGCAAAUUCUUGAGUGUACUGCUUCAGAUUUGGCAAUAGAAGAUGCUAUAUAUUCAUUGGAUAAGGCUGUGCAAGAUGGAGCAAUUCAAUUUGAUCAGUACUUGAGGAAUGUGAGGUUGUUGUCACGGGAGCAGUUCUUCCACCGGGGUACCGCUGCUAAAGUCAGGGAGUCUCAAUUGCAAGCUCAAGUUGCUAACAUGGCUUCCCGGAUUUCUCAAUAUAACAAUGGCUGAAAGAUUGUGGAAAAUCUUCCCUUUUGCUCUGUUGCUGCUAUUUGGAUGGCCUUCGGGAGUGUCACUGGAAGUUAUUGUCAUGCUGGUCUCUCUCACACUCUCUUAAUCUUAUGUAGACUUUUUCUUUGAGCUGUAGUAAUCUUAUUGGAAGAAUUGGAAAGAAAUCCACCCUAAGUAGUAGUACCGACACUAAGUUUGGCUAGCUUGUCCGUACCCGACACGUAUCGAACACUUGGACACUUCACAAUUGUUGGACACGUAUCGGACACAUGUUAGUACAAUAGUUAUGUGUUAGACACUAGUGUACAAAGUCAAUAUAUGUCCAAUAUUUGUCGGUCAUGUCUUGAGCACCUGCAAUGUAUACUUAAUAGACGUAUUAUAAUAUAGGACACAAAUAAUAAAUUACGUUUUGGUAUAAAAAUGAUACAUGUUUUUGAA